CGCGCGCGCGAGCUCGCCGCAGAGACAGGUCAGACUCAUUGUGGAUGGGAUCUCGUAACCUCCGGUCCGUUACGCGUUCAUUUCCUUCCGUGUAAAAAUGAAAACGGGGAAGUAGACGCGCAGAAUCGGUGCUCCUCACGCGCGCACGGACCUGACGCGAAUAUAUAUAGACACACACACACACACACACACACUUAUUUACAUACAUUGUGUGUGUGUGUGAUACAUUAUAGACUAUUAUUAUUAUUAUUAUUAUUAUUAUUUUUCCCCCCGUCUGUGAUUUGGUGAGUAACUGAUCCGGCCGUGAUGGAGUACUGGCGGCAGUGCGCGCUCUGGCUGAUCCGGUGUCGCGUGCUCCCGCAAGCGCACCGGGUCACCUGGGAAACGGCGCGCGCCUUCGACCUGGCGCAGAGUCUCCGGGACGGCGUGCUGCUGUGUCAGCUCCUCAACAACCUCCAUCCUCAAACCAUCAACCUGAAGGAGAUCAACCUCAGGCCACAGAUGUCCCAGUUCCUGUGCCUGAAGAACAUCAGAACGUUCCUGUCUGCCUGCUGCGAAGUGUUCGCUAUGAAGAAGAGCGAGCUGUUCGAGGCUUUCGACCUGUUCGACGUGCGCGACUUCGGCAAGGUGAUCGACACGCUGUCCAAACUGUCCAACACAACAAUCGCACUACAAACUGGAAUACGGCCGUUUCCGACAGAAGAAAGUGUGGAAGACGAGGACAUCUACAAUCACCUGAAAGACCUCAUAGAUGAGAAUGGCGUGGAUGAUGAAGAGGACCUGUAUGACUGUGUGUAUGAUGAUGAUGGUGGUGAAGUUUAUGAAGACCUGAUGAAGAUGGAAGCUGGAGCUCCACCGAAACAGGUGGAGACAGACAUCAGGAGCUGCUGCUUGGCUGAGAUCAGACAGACGGAGGAGAAGUACGCCGAGACACUGGAGUCUAUCGAGAAAUUCUUCCUCAGGCCGCUGGAGCAGUUUCUCACAGCGUCCGAGAUCAACAAGGUGUUCGUGAACAUUCCUGACCUAGUGAAAGUGCACAAGAGCCUGCUGCAGGACGUGCAGAACUCCAUCGGCCACCAGAGCGCCAGUAACCUCUACCAGAUCUUCAUCGAUUACAAGGAGAGGUUACUGAUCUACGGGAAGUACUGUAGCCACGUAGAGACCGCCAUCGCGUAUCUGGAUGAGCUCUGUAAAGAAAAAGAGGACGUGAGACAAAAACUAGAGGUCUGUUCCAAAAGGGCAAAUAACGGGAAGUUCACACUCAGAGAUCUCCUUGUCGUUCCAAUGCAAAGGGUAUUGAAGUAUCAUCUGCUUCUCCAGGAGUUAGUGAAACACACUAACGAUGCUGUGGAGAAGACCAACCUGCGCAGUGCUCUCGAUGCCAUGAAGGAUUUGGCACAGUAUGUGAACGAGGUGAAGAGAGACAACGAGACGCUGAGGGAAAUCGACCAAUAUCAGAAAUCCAUUGAGAACCUUAAUCAGCCUCUGUUAAAUUACGGGAGGCCCAAAGGGGACGGCGAGGUUCGAGUCUCAUCGGUGGACAAACGAGCCAAACAGGACAGGCACAUCUUCCUGUUCGACGCUGCCGUGAUCGUGUGUAAGAGACGAGGAGACGUGUACGAGAUGAAGGAGGUGGUCGACCUCCACAACUUCAAAAUCACCAACAACCCCACCUCGGAUAAGGAGAACCGCAAGUGGUCGUACGGGUUUUACCUCACACACAAUCAGGGACGGAGCGGCUUCGAGUUCUUCUUCAAGACCAAAGAGCUGAAGAAGAAGUGGCUCGAGCAGUUCGGCAUGGCCAUCUCCAACAUCCAGCCGGAGAACGCCACCAGCAACCAGCACGAGUUCCGCAUGCACACGUUCGAGAGGAUCACGGCCUGCAGCUCCUGCAAGAUGUUGCUCAGAGGGAUCUUUAAUCAGGGUUAUCGGUGCGCUAAAUGUGGAGAAGGAGCUCAUAAGGAAUGUUUGGCCAGAGUGCUAAUGUGUGGAAAAGGCAGCGGAUGCGAUAUGGGAUCCUCCAAAACACAGGACCGAUCACACAGCCGGAGAGCAGAUCCAGGUUUGCCAAAAAUGUUGGCUAUAAGGAAUUACCGCGGAGAUCCCGUGCCGCAAUGUGGCCCCGCCCUAAACAUCCAGCAGGGUGACAUCAUCGAGCUGAUCCGCGCAGACCUGCACAGCUCCUGGUGGCAGGGUAAAGUCUUGACGACGAGAGAGGUUGGAUUCUUUCCAAGCGACGCUGUGAAGCCUUGCCCGUGUGCCAAACCUAUUGAUUACUCUUCUCAGGCCUGGUUUGCAGGUGGCAUGCUGCGAGUGCAGGCAGAGGCGACGCUUCUGAACAGGCAGAACAGCACAUACCUGGUGAGGCAUCGAGGGCACGACAGUAACGAGUACGCCAUCAGCAUCAAGUUUAACAACGACGUGAAACACAUCAAGAUCUUAACCAGAGACGGCUUCUUCCAGAUCGCAGAGAACAGGAGGUUCAAGAGCAUCAUGGAGCUGAUUGAGUACUAUAAGCAUCACUCUCUAAAGGAGGGCUUCAGGACACUCGAUACAACGCUACAGUUUGCCUACAGAGAGCCAGAGAACGGAGGGAGCAUGUUGACUCCGAAGGUGAUCGGUGUGGCGAUCGCGCGGUACGAUUUCAGUUCUCGGGACAUGAGAGAGCUGUCGCUGCAGGAAGGGGACAUAGUGAGGAUCUACAGCAAACCCACAACUAACGGGUGGUGGAGGGGCGAGGUCAACGGCCGGGUGGGCUGGUUUCCCUCCACAUACGUAGAAGAAGAAGAGGAAUGAAAAACACACCAACAGAAGGAAGUAAAAAGGACAUUUUUUUAUGUUUACAUGCUGAGCUGGACUGAAUCAUGGACUCGUCCUGUUUAAACACGAGUCUGAAAGUGUCUCAGCAGGGACACUGAGUGCUUACCCAGAAUCCUUUGCUGUCAGCAAAGCAGUCACCAGUGAAGGGGUGUGUGUGCGCGCGUGUGUAUGCGUGUGUGUGUUACUGUGAGUGAUAGGUGGAAGUAAGAACCCCCACAGGCAUGUUGUGUGUGUGUGUGUGUGUGUGCGUGUGUGUGUGUGUGUGUGUGUGUGCGUGUGUCUGUAUAUAUCUUUGACAUUGUCACUAAUCAGCUGGAUUUAUUGUGUGGAUGUUUGUGUUUUCUUGUCCUCCAUUGUUGCUGCUUAUCUUGUAAGGACAUGUUUAUCUGAUUUGAGAGACAGAGAGAGAGCAGACACACACACACACACACACACACACACUCUCUGACACUCACCUCUAGCUAGUUCAUCCACUGCAUUUUUAAUCCAGUAUCCCGAUAGUAAAUGAUUGACAGCUCACACUCCUUGCUCUUAUCUGACCCACUAUCCAGCCACCAGAACCUCCAGCCAGACCGUUUCAGCCCAAAACUGAAAUGCGGCUUUAGAAUAAUUUAUAUUUUUUUUUUCGCAUCAGUUUUCACGGCCAUGUUACAGACGAGACUAAGAACAUGAAGGAUCAUAAAAGGAGUUUUGCAGAUAUUUAUUUGUUAUGUGUGCAACAAAUCUGUUCAGUAAUUUGAUCUCAUAGCAUGACUGUAGUGUGGAGCUGAAGCCACUAGAUGGCAGCAGCAUUAACGGAUUAAUAAACUGCCUCACAUCCCACAAUCACAUUACUAUCCUCUAACAGCCUUUAAAGACUUUUCUCUUUUUAGUUUCUCCCAGUAGCCUUGUACGCUAAAUCCUCAUUCCGCUACAAUACAGACCUCAGGCUUUAACCUCCUGCUGAGCAGUGAGAGAUAUCACAGAGCAGCUCCACUCUCUGUCCACAUGGACCAGCAGCGUGAAAGGAGAGUCCAAUCUAAAGAGAUUUACACAUUGCAGAACAUUCCAGGACCAAUCUAACAACUUUCUAGAACCUUCUAGGACACUAAGCCAUGGGGCAAUCCAGAACACAUACCAUUUCAGAAAAUCUAUAAACUCUUACUCAUUCUGGACCAUCACAGACAACCAAUCCAUUCUAGAACCUCUACAAUACAGACUCAUGCAAGAACCUCCCAGACAACCAACCCAUUCUAGAACCUCUCUAAUGCAGACUCAUGCAAGAACCUCCCAGACAACCAACCCAUUCUAGAACCUCUCUAAUACAGACUCGUGCAAGGACAUCCCAGACAACCAACCCAUUCUAGAACCUCUAUAAUACAGACUCAUGCAAGGACAUCCCAGACAACCAACCCAUUCUAGAAUAUCCCAGAAUACCAACCCAUUCUAGAACAAACCAGAAUAUCAACCCAUUCUAUAACUGCUAUAAUACAGACUCAUGCUAGAACAUCCCAGAAUACCAAACACAUUCUGAAACAUACCAACUAACCAGGACAUUAAAGGACAUUUGAGAACAGCAAUCCAUUCUUAAAAUUUAUAGAAUCCGUAUCUGGCCAAAAACUAUCUAAAACUUCAAAUUGAUCUACCAGAUAUACCAGAACGCCAACCCAUGUUAGAACCUCUAUAACACGGACUCAUUCUAGAACAGUUGGGAUACUCAACUCGUUCUAGACCAUUCAUGAACAGAUCCAUCCUUAAAUGUUCUCAAACACCUACUUAGACAUAGCUCAUAGGGCAAGUGGUAGCUCAGUGGUUAAGAUGUUGGACUUCUGAUCAGAAGAUUGUGAGUUCAGAUACCAAUACUGCCAACCUGCCACUGCUGGACCCUUGAGCAGAGCCCUUAACCCUCAACUGCUCCGUUGUAUAAGUGAGAGAAAUGUACGUUGCUCUGGAUAAGCUCGUCUGCCAAAUGUCAUACAUGUAAAUCUUAGACAUUCCAAAAUACAGACCCAUCUUAGAACAUAUUAAAAUACCAACUCAUUCCAGAACACUGAACCCACACAAAGCACCACCAGAUGAAUUCAACAAGCUUGUAGAAGCUUCUACAUUCCACAACACAUGCCAUUUCUGAAUCUCUAUAAACUCUUACUCUCAUUCUGGAGCUACAUACCCAACCCAUUCGCAUGAAUUCAAGAACAUCGAUCCGUUCUCAAGUGCUCUAAAAGCCUGAUCAAUCCCAAAACAGUACCAAUCACUAAUGAUCUUGAACAUUCCGGCAAACCGACCCAUCUUACAACAUUCCAGGACGUCAAAACAUGCCAGAACUCCAAGUCCAAACUCCAAAUAUUUCUUCUCCUGCUGUAAAAAAAAAAAAAAAAAAAACCCAACAAGCUGUGUUUCUUCAUUUGCCAUCACUUUGACAUCCCUGAGCUGAUAAUGCAUCCUGAUUGGUUAAUCCUGUUUCUCACUCAAUGUGACCGAGCAAGCUAAGAGAGGCAUUCAUUAAAUACGGAGGACUCAUAAUGAUGCACGACAAUGUUAUUUCACACAUAUAUAAUAAUCUGCGCGGUACGUGUGUUAUGCUAACCAUCCAUUCGGACUGUCCUCCCUUCCUCAUCCACGCCUCUGACUAACCGUGAUAGGAGUUCGUAUCUGCCCACAAUCCCAUGCUUCUAUAUGUCAGUCUGUCAUUUUAGACAUGUCAGUGCAUGGAUCUCUCUCUCUCUCUCUCUCUCUCUCUCUCUCUCUCUCUCUCUCUGUACUUGUGUGACCUUCCCACAGUGUGAUGAUGGUUAGCACAGACUGAUGAAAUCCUCCUACGAUUCAAUAACACACUUUUGUGCGGAACAGUUGAAUAGAUAAACAUCAUGUAGUCGUUCCCAUGUCCGAUGUUUUUUUCUUUCUUCCCCCUUCCUUGUGAAAUUUUAGAUUUGUAACCUUUCAUCCAACCUGUUAAAGCCACUAACAGCAUCAGAAAACUGUAUACGCCUAUAAAGGACCGUGAAUAUUCCUCUGGUACUCCUGCGUCUGUUGUUCACUGAAGCCAAAGAUCUGUGUGUAUGUGUUUGUAUGUAUGUAUGUAUGUAUGUAUGUAUGUAGGUAUGUGAGCCACAGUGGCCUGUGCAAUCCUGAAAUACUGCUGUGUUAUACUGUACAUAUGUAGAUAAUGCGCAAUAAAGUUAUAUUGCUUGUUUUUA